AUGCCCGUGCGCCGGGGCCAUGUGGCCCCCCAGAACACCUACCUGGACACCAUCAUCCGCAAAUUUGAAGGGCAAAAUCGCAAGUUCCUCAUCGCCAAUGCGCAGAUGGAGAACUGUGCCAUCAUCUACUGCAACGACGGCUUCUGCGAGAUGUUCGGCUACUCGCGGGUGGAGGUGAUGCAGCGGCCAUGCACCUGCGACUUCCUCACGGGGCCCGACACCACCAAGAACUCCAUCGCGCAGCUCACGCAGGCCUUGCUGGGCUCCGAGGAGUGCAAGCUGGAGAUCCUCUACUACCGCAAAGACACCUCCUGCUUCCGCUGCCUGGUGGACGUGGUGCCGGUGAAGAACGAGGAAGGCGUCGUCAUCAUGUUCAUCCUCAACUUCGAGGACCUGGCGCAGCUGGUGGCCAAGAGCGCGGGGCGCAGCCUGCACCACCGGCUCUCGCAGAGCUGGCGCUCGGAGGCUUCUCACGUCAAACCCAACCCCCCAAACUCCACCUCAGACUCGGAUCUCAUGAAGUACCGAACCAUCAGCCAGAUCCCCCAGUUCACACUCAACUUUGUGGAGUUCAACCUGGAGAAGCACCGUUCGGGCUCCACCACGGAGAUUGAGAUAAUCGCACCCCACAAAGUGACAGAGCGCACCCAGAAUGUCACGGAGAAGGUCACCCAGGUGCUGUCCCUGGGGGCGGAUGUCCUUCCCGAAUACAAGCUGCAGGCCCCGCGCAUCCACCGAUGGACCAUCCUGCACUACAGCCCCUUCAAGGCUGUGUGGGACUGGCUCAUCCUCUUGCUGGUCAUCUACACGGCUGUGUUCACCCCCUACUCGGCCGCCUUCCUGCUCAACGAGGAGCAGGUGGAGGAGAAGCGCUGGGACUGUGGCUAUUCCUGCGACCCGCUCAACAUCAUCGACCUCAUUGUGGACAUCAUGUUCAUCGUGGACAUCGUCAUCAACUUCCGCACCACCUAUGUCAACAUCAACGACGAGGUGGUGAGCCACCCGGGCAAGAUUGCCAUCCACUACUUCAAAGGCUGGUUCCUCAUCGAUAUGGUCGCAGCCAUCCCCUUCGACCUGCUCAUCUUCCGCUCUGGCUCCGAUGAGACCACCACUCUCAUCGGCCUCCUGAAGACCGCCCGGCUGCUGCGCCUGGUCCGCGUGGCCCGCAAGCUGGAUCGCUAUUCCGAGUACGGAGCAGCCGUGCUCUUCCUGCUCAUGUGCACCUUCGCCCUCAUCGCCCACUGGCUGGCCUGCAUCUGGUACGCCAUCGGCAACGUGGAGCGGCCCUACAUGGAGCACAAGAUCGGCUGGUUGGACAACUUGGGCGACCAGAUUGGCAAGCGUUACAACGACAGCGACCUCUCCUCUGGGCCGUCCAUCAAGGACAAGUACGUCACAGCGCUCUACUUCACCUUCAGCAGCCUCACCAGCGUGGGCUUCGGCAACGUCUCGCCCAACACCAACUCCGAGAAGAUCUUCUCCAUCUGCGUCAUGCUCAUCGGCUCGCUCAUGUACGCCAGCAUCUUCGGCAACGUCUCGGCCAUCAUCCAGCGCCUCUACUCGGGCACCGCUCGCUACCACACGCAGAUGCUGCGAGUCAAGGAGUUCAUCCGCUUCCACCAGAUCCCCAACCCGCUGCGCCAGCGCCUCGAGGAGUAUUUCCAGCACGCCUGGUCCUACACCAACGGCAUCGACAUGAACGCGGUGCUCAAGGGCUUCCCCGACUGCCUGCAGGCCGACAUCUGCCUGCACCUCAACCGCACRCUGCUGCAGAACUGCAAGGCUUUCCGGGGCGCCAGCAAGGGCUGCCUGCGCGCCCUCGCCAUGAAGUUCAAGACGACGCACGCACCUCCGGGGGACACCCUGGUGCACUAYGGAGACGUCCUCACCACCCUCUACUUCAUCUCCCGGGGCUCCAUCGAGAUCCUCAGGGAAGACAUUGUGGUGGCCAUUUUAGGGAAAAACGACAUCUUUGGGGAGCCCAUCAGCCUCUACGCCCGCCCGGGGAAGUCCAACGCGGACGUGAGGGCCCUGACGUACUGCGACUUGCACAAGAUCCAGCGGGAGGACCUGCUGGAGGUCCUGGACAUGUACCCGGCCUUCUCGGACAACUUCUGGAGCAACCUGGAGAUCACCUUCAACCUGCGCGAUGCAGACAGCGUGCCGCGCUCUCCGCUCAGCGAGGACUACGAGUGCACGCACCGGCGGGCCCGGCGGCACCAGCGCCCCGCGUGCCAGCCCGGCGGACACGGUGACGCGCGGUGCCGCCCCACAGAGGCGGCGGCGGACGCGGAGCGGUGCCCCGCGUACCCGGAGGCGGGCGGCGCGCAGCAGCCCCGCGGCGCGCAGCGCUGGGACGAGCCGCACAGCAGCAGCAGCGGCAGCGGCAGCCCCUGCUCCCGGAGCAGCGGGGAGGACGCCAAGCCCGGCAGCCCCGCGGGACCCUUCCCGGCACCGCGCAAGGCCGAUCUCGCCCUGCCCGCGCUCAGCCUCGUCGCCCCCAGCGCCGCGGAGCCCGCCAAGCAGGCAGCUGAAAGCAGCCGGCCCUACGCAGCCGCGCCGCUGGAYGUGCCCAGCGUGUUCACCUUCUGGGAGGAGCGCGAGGGGAACCCCGGCGUGGAGCCGCUGCCGCGCAUCUCCCUGCUGCACGGCACCCAGGACUUCCUGCCGCCCGACGACUACAGACCCGCACAGAUCGAGUCCAGGCUGGAGCUUCUGCAGGCCCAGCUCAGCAGGCUGGAGUCCAGGAUGGCGGCAGACAUGAACAUCAUUGUGCAGCUCCUGCAGCGCCAGCUGUCCCAAGUGCCGCCCGCCUACAGCCCCAUCUCGCCGUCCUGCCACAGCCUGGCCAUGCUGGGCGUGCUGCCGCGGGGCCUGGAGCCGCUGGCGCCCUGCACGGCGCUGCAGCGCCAGGAGCAGGCGGCCCCGACGCAGAGCCCCAGCUACACAGAGGUGGAGAAGUUCCACUUGAAAUCCAGGGACUCCUUGUCAAGCGGAAUCCACCUGACCGUAGCGUCCGACGAAACCAUGACCAUCUCCUCGGAGCAGGAGCACCAUUCCCCAACGACCCCGAACGCCGAGCCCCCGCACCAACGGGCACCAGCCCCCCAGGGACUCUGCCAGGCCUCCCGCUUCCCGUCCCUCCCCGAGCACUUGGAGGCGCCUUCGGAGCCGCGGGACAUUCAGAGACACCGCUCGGACCCGGUGCUCCCCGCGAGUUAG